ACAAUGCAACAGGCGUACAGGGAAGGGCGACUGACGUUCCAGAACACUGACAUGUUCUAGAUCUUCUCAGUCUCCCCUCUCUCCGCCCCAGCUGUUUGUGACGUGGUCACUGGGACGUAAGACAAGAAAAGAGCAAACUGUAGAAGUAAAGGGGAUUGCGGAGUUAUGGUGCCGGUAGCAAGGGCACCGAGAAAAACGGGCAACUCAUAACGUUAAAUAAAUAUAUAAUAGCCCUUUAGGUAUACCGAAUUACGUUAUUCCGUGGACCACCUGUCACGAACUGCAUUCCAGAAGCUCUCCACAAUAAUUCAUUUCCAUUUUAAGAAGAGACAGAGACGGAAAGCAUUCGCUGUUACUCCUAAACAAAGUUGCCGUGACGUCGGUGAAGAAGACAUGACGGAUUAUUAUGAUGUUCUGGGAGUGUCACGAAGCGCCUCUCCGGAGGACAUUAAAAAGGCGUACAGGAAGCAGGCUCUGCGAUGGCACCCGGACAAGAACCCAGACAACAAGGAGGAGGCGGAGAGGAAGUUUAAGGAGCUGGCUGAGGCCUAUGAAGUUCUGUCAGACCGAAGCAAAUCAAAGGCGUAUGAUACCCAUGGCAAAGACAGAAUGCCCAACAACACAGGCUCAAGUAGUCAUCCUGCUCCGGACGAUUUCCCAGGGUUCACCUUCACAUUCCGCAGUCCCGAGGAAGUGUUUCAGGAAUUCUUCAGAGGCCAGGAUCCUUUCGCCAAUUUCUUCGACGACGUUGCCUUUGGAAGAGGGAUGCACAGUGGCUUCCAUGGACAUCAUGGCUCUUCCAGGCUCGGCCCCAGUCGGUUCUCCUCCUUCCCCUCCACUGGAGUGCAUGACUUCACCUCUUUCUCGUCCUCCAUGGGUGGAAUGAAUGGGAUGGACCGUAUUGGAGGAAGGAUGGGGAAUUUCAAGUCUGUCUCCACUUCUACGCGCGUCAUCAAUGGCAAAAGCACCACCACCAAGAAGAUCAAAGAAAACGGUCAGGAGAGAACAGAGAUCGUGGAAGACGGGGUCUUGAAGACGGUGCUCAUCAAUGGUGUGGAGGAUGAGUUGGCUUUGUCUCGAGAGCUCAGCAAGACAGACCAACCGGCCCCUAGUCAACCCACAGCCAGGCAACACCUCCAGCAGCAGGCAGAGAGGAUGGUACCAGUGGAGCUCCGGACCCAACAACACCGACCCAGCCCCAUCUCCGGCCCCCGGUCUAUGGCCCAGCGCUCCUUCAGCUCAGCCUCCUACCCUGACGUCCCCAGUGAGGAGGAGAAGGAAGAUCUCCAGAUGGUCUAUAUGUCACCACACAGCAGCCCAUCUCCUCUGAUCCACAGGGAGCUACCAGAGGGGGUCCCAGAGCCUCCUACACACCUCCAGGAGCAGAGAGGCACUGUGGAUCCUGCUGCUAAAACCACCAGCAGCAGCAAUGUAAAAAUGACAAAUAAGUGUUGCUGUGUGGUGUGUUAAGUUUAUGAUGUGUGUGUGUGUUGAUUGUAUAGUGUGUGUGUUUGUGUGUGUGUGUGUAUGUGUGAGUGAGUGAGUGAGUGUGAUGCUCAGGGCAGAGGACAGACAGGAGACCACUGGUCUCAGUUCUACUCUGGUGUUAUGCUGACAAUCACCAUCAUAAAGUAUACUGUAUAUUAUAAACUGGUUUGUUUGACCCCUAAAUGCUGAUUGGCUGACAGCCGUGGUAUAUCAGACCGUAUACCAAAGGUAUGAAAAAACCUUUUUUAAAUUUUUACAAAUUACGUUGGU